AUGGCUGCGAGCUUGAGUCGCACCUCGCGCAGUGCGCUCUGUCGGCUCACACGCGCUUCAAACAGCGCCUGCAUCGGCCCUGGCAGCGCCGGCACCAUCACGAGGCGUACAGCUUCUUCCGCAGCACGACCCACCGACGACGUCGACCCGUACCACACCGCCGACGCUUCGUCGUCUUCGGCUUCGUCCAGCUCCAACCUCGCUGGGCGGCAGAGGACGUACGGUCAGCCUUUGCCGCAUUCGCACCCGCAUCUGUUCCCGCGACGCGGCGUGCUGGGCUCGGAAGAUGCACUGCUGCGGCCUGGCGAUGCGCUGCCGCACGACGGCCUGUAUGACGUCGGCACCGGCAUCGUCGCCACCGAACAGCUCACACCGGGAAUCCCGAAGUCCGAGUACGAGGAGCGCCGCAAGAAGCUCAUGGACCGUCUGCCCGACAACAGCGUGGUCGUAGCCAUGUCCGGCCGCGUCAAGAGCAUGAGCGGGAACAUCUUUUACAAGUUCCGCCAGGAAACCAACUUUUGGUAUCUCACGGGCUUCCAGGAGCCCGACUCUGCCGUGAUCCUCGAAAAGGACGCGUCGUCGGCGCGGGGAUACAAGAUGACCAUGUUUGUGCAGAAGCGCGACGAGCACAACGAGACUUGGAACGGUCCACGCACGGGGCUCGAUGGUGCCGUCGACGUAUUUGGCGCCGACGAGGCGUACGAGCUCGACCCGGCCAUCCUGCUGAACCAUCUCAAGCAGAUCCUGCCGCGCUAUACGCACGUGUACGUCGAGUCGCCCACGCAGCCCACCACGCCACGACGCAGCGCCAGCAGCGCACAGAGCAAAGCAGGCAACCUGCUCAACUACCUCAGUCCGCCUUCCACCACGGCGCUCGACGUGUUCGCCAAGAAGUCCGACUUUGAGGCGGUGGUCAAGCUGCUGGGCGAUACGCGCAAGUGUCACUCGCUCGCGCGCGAGGUGGAGCGGCUUCGCUUUGUAAAGUCGCGCAACGAGCUGCGCAUCAUGAAGCGCGCCGGCCGUGCGAGCGGCGAGGCCAUGUCCGAGACCAUGGGUUUCGUGCGCCCCGGUGUUUCCGAAGCGCAGCUCCAGGCGGUGUUCGAGUACAACUGCGGCUUGCGAGGCUCGCAGCGACCCGCGUACGUGCCCGUCGUCGCAUCGGGCUCCAAUGCGCUGACAAUCCACUACGUCAACAACGACCGUCUCGUGGGGCCGGAUCAGCUCGUCUGCAUCGAUGCAGGUGGCGAACUCGACGGAUACGCCUCCGACAUUACGCGUGCAUUCCCUUCCAACGCUGAUGGUCGCUUCUCCUCGGCUCAGCGCGACCUGUACAGUGCGGUGCUCCAGGUGCUCAAAUCGUGCACGCAGCUGGCAACCGAGGAGCAGUGCUUCACGCUGGCGGACCUGCAUCGACGCUCGGUGGAUUUCCUGCGCCAGGAACUGCGCCAGAUCGGCUUCCACACAGGCGGCACGCUGGAGCGCGUGCUGUAUCCGCACUACAUUGGCCACUGGCUGGGCAUCGACCUGCACGACUGCGCCUCGGUCGAGCGCACCACUCGCCUCGAGAGCGGUGUGGUGGUCACGGUGGAACCGGGCGUGUACGUGCCCUACGACGACGCCUUCCCCAAGCACUUCCAGGGCAUCGGCAUCCGCGUUGAGGACGACAUUGCGGUGGGCGAGACGGACAACAUUGUGUUGUCAAGUGCGGCACCCAAGGAAGUGGUGGAUGUCGAGGCGGCAUGUGCACGCUACUUGGACCAAAAACACACCCACGGCACAGCAUCCUUCCAACCCGCCAUGUCGACGUAG